GCAUCCUCCGAGAGACAGACGGCAGGACGCUCCGGCACAGUGGGACGAUUUCUAAAGGCUUGUCUUGCUGCUUGGUUUCUGACAUUUUCUACUGAAUUAAAACAACAGAACAAAAGAAAAAGGGAGACAAAACGCAUCGGAGCAUCUCUGACAUCAUGAAGGAAAGGAGAAACACACAGCCGCUGGUGGUGAGAUGUAAACUGGUUCUUGUGGGAGACGUUCAAUGCGGAAAAACGGCGAUGUUGCAAGUCCUGGCGAAGGACUGCUAUCCGGAGACCUACGUGCCCACGGUGUUUGAGAACUACACAGCCUGUCUGGAGCUGGAGGAGCAGCGAGUGGAGCUCAGUCUGUGGGACACCUCAGGUUCUCCGUACUACGACAAUGUGAGGCCCCUGUGCUACAGUGACUCAGACGCAGUUCUGCUGUGUUUCGACAUCAGUCGUCCGGACACUGUGGACAGCAGUCUGAAGAAGUGGAAAACCGAAAUCCUGGACUUCUGUCCGAGCACGCGUAUCCUGCUCAUCGGAUGUAAGACCGACCUGCGCACAGAUGUAUGCACGCUGAUGGAGCUGUCCAAUCAGAAGCAGACUCCCAUGACCUAUGAACAGGGCUCUGCCAUGGCCAAGCAGCUGGGUGCUGAGGCGUACCUGGAGUGCUCGGCAUUCACCUCGGAGAAAAGCAUCCACAGCGUCUUCCGCACCGCGGCGAUGGCCUGCAUCAACAAGCUGCAGCCUCUCCCGAAGACCAGCCCCACCCGCCGCCUCUCCAAAAGACUGCUCCACCUGCCCAGCAAGUCGGAUUUGCUCUCCUCCACCUUCAAGAAGGAGAAGGCCAAGAGCUGCUCGGUCAUGUGAGUGGAGACCUCUUGGGUUACAGUCAUCACAUGCGACCCCCAAGCCCCUGCCUCUUUGGUCUCGGGGAAGGGGGGGUGGGCACGAUGGUUUUAUCAGGGCUUCCUGCUGAAUCCUUCCCUCACCCCCCCGGAAACCAAACACCCGUCAGAAGAGGUGGACACCCCGCUGUCCACUUGCUCCUGAACCUUUUAGCGCACAUUUGUCUUUUUCCACCACUGUUUAUCUUGCUUUUCCAACCAACAAUAUCAGUCAAGGUUUGAUCAUUGAGCUAUCAUUUCUUCACCUGUAAACAGUAUGCAACUACAGCGGUGUUACAUCUGUCUGAUUUUACUCUCUCUAGGCACAUGUUGAUUUUGUCCAAAACUGGAAAUGUGCAACGUGUGACGUUUAAUCUUGUGAUGUAAAAUUGCCUCUCAGACAAUUCAAUGGAUAUUUUUCUAAGUACAAAACUAUAUCUAGCAUGAAACUGACGGGAAUUAGCAAAAUCCUGUCCAUCCCUCUUAGUAAGGUGUCUGAGGUGUGAAAUAGCUUGUCGCUCGUGUCCCCAUUUAGGCUCGUGGAAGCACAGAGGUGUAGAGGGAGUGGCGGGACAAGCCACAGUGAGAGCUAUUACAUAUAGAGAGCUGUUCUCGUUGUCUCAGUGGUGAUGAGAGCAGGGAUAAGAGCUGUGAGUGCAGGCUGCUGUGCAGACAGCCGGCUGGAACGUUUCAACCUGCAUGGAUGGUUGAUGCAUGGUUGUGUAGCUCUGGACAGCGCUGCUCCACAAGCUGUCAGUGGAGGAGGAUGAAGAGACUCUGUGUGUGUACAAAAAUGAAAUGAGGACACACAAGAAAAAAAUAAUAAAGGGAAGUUUAGUUGGGCUUCCAGUGCUCUGCUGUCACAGCCGGAGUCUAUUUUAAAAUGCUAUUUUGGUGGUGGGACAGACAUUUUAAUAGAUAAUCAAAGAUGCUUUUGUUGUGACCAGGAGCAUAAACAAACGCUUCAAUGCCGAGCUGUCAAGCGUUAUUUGUGAGGCUGGUUAUUGAUGCCGGUCGAGGUGUUGUGAGGCAUAUUUAAAAGCAUAGGAUAAAUAAUAACGCCGACCUGAGUCUGGCGGACUGCUAAUGGGAAAAUCUGGUUUGUAGUUUUCGAAUAUUCUUUGGAAAAGAUUUGUAGCAUUGUGUUGUUGAGAGUUUUUUUUU